AUGCUGUCCAGCGUGUGCACGGCGCUGGCGGGGCUGCUGCUGGUGCCGCUGCUGGUGGGGCUGGCGUGCCCCUACCUGCUGCAGGACCUGGCCUUCUUCGUCCGCCUGGCGCGCGCCUCGCAGCGGGCGCGCCGGGCGGGCUCGCGCGUCCCGCCGCGCGCCCUGCCCGAGCUCUUCGGCCGCCAGGCGCGGCGCCGCCCCGGCAAGGCCCUGCUGCUCUUCGGCGAGCGGGUCUACACCUACGGGCAGGUGGAGCGGCGCAGCAACCGGGCGGCGCGCGCCCUGCGCGGGGCGGCCGGGCUGCGGCCGGGCGAGGCGGUGGCCCUCUUCCUGGGCAACCGGCCCGCCUACGUGUGGCUCUGGCUGGGCUGCGCCAAGCUGGGCUGCCCGCUGGCCUGCCUCAACUGCAACGUCCGCGCCCGCGCCCUGCUCCACUGCUUCCGCUGCAGCGGCGCUAGGGUGCUGCUGGCCGACCCAGACCUAAAAUCGGCUAUUGAAGAAGUACUGCCGACCCUGAAGGAAGAAAACGUGGCCGUUUAUUACUUAAGCAGGACGUCCGACACCGAGGGAGUCGACAGUUUCCUUGACAAAAUGGAUGCUGCCUCGGAUGAACCUGUCCCGCAGUCUUGGAGAUCAAAUGUCACCAUUAAAAGCCCUGCUUUGUAUAUUUAUACCUCUGGAACCACAGGUCUUCCCAAAGCUGCCCUGAUUACCCACGAGCGCACCCUGUUGGCUUGCGGUCUGAUUACUGCCAGUGGCGUUACGUCUGAGGAUAUCAUCUACACCGCCCUGCCGUUGUAUCACAGCGCCGCCCUCUUGGUAGGCGUAAACGGCUGCAUCAUGCAAGGUGCCACUCUAGCACUGCGGUCUAAAUUUUCCGCUACACAAUUUUGGGACGACUGCAGGAAAUACAACGUCACUGUCAUACAGUAUAUUGGGGAAGUGCUUCGGUAUCUGUGCAAUGUACCAUCGAAAGACAAUGAUCGUGAUCAUAGAGUAAGGCUCGCCAUAGGGAACGGCCUGCGGGCGGAUGUUUGGAGGGAAUUUAUUAGAAGGUUUGGGAACGUGCGCAUUUUUGAAUUCUAUGCUGCAACUGAAGGAAAUGUGGGAUUUGUGAAUUAUACUGGGAAAAUUGGAGCUGUAGGAAGAUUAAACUACUUCCAUAAGAAAAUAAUUCGCUACGACCUGAUUAAAUACGAUGUAGAGAAAGAUGAACCUAUCCGUGAUGAAAAUGGCUACUGUAUCAAAGUUCCCAAAGGGGAAGUGGGACUCUUGGUCUGCAAAAUCACACGCUUUGCUCCAUUCAGCGGCUACGCAGGGGCGAACAGCCAGACGGAGAAGAAGAAGCUAAGAGACGUCUUCCAGAAAGGGGACGUGUACUUCAACAGCGGGGAUCUUCUAAUGAUUGAUCGCGACAAUUUCAUUUAUUUCCACGACAGAGUGGGAGACACGUUUCGAUGGAAAGGAGAAAAUGUAGCUACAACGGAAGUUGCUGAUAUUUUAGGACUAUUGGACUUUAUCCAGGAAGUGAAUGUAUAUGGUGUAGCUGUGCCAGGUCACGAAGGCAGGAUAGGAAUGGCAUCCGUUCGGCUGAAGGAGGGCUGCGAGUUCGACGGAGGACGAGCCUAUCGGCACGUUGCAGACUACUUGCCCGCUUACGCAAGGCCUCGUUUUGUGAGGAUUCAGGAUGCCAUUGAGACUACAGGAACAUUUAAAUAUCGGAAGGUGCAGUUAGCUGAAGAAGGAUUCAACCCAGCGGUUAUCAAAGAGACCAUGUAUUUCCUGGAGGACAAAGAAAAAUCAUACAUACUCCUGACCGGGGACAUUUACAACUCGAUAUGUAGCAAUAGUCGGAAACUAUAAA